AUGGGGUGCAGCGGAUCAACUGCGAAUGGAAAGAAGUCAGGUGCUUCGACAAAGAAACCAGCGACUAAAAGGCCUCCUAAGGCUACUAAAAAUAUGGCCGGCUCGAAACUGCCACAGAGCAGUGCUAAAGCUUCUAGUCUGAAACCGGAAGUCGCCAAAGCUCCAGUAAGGAAGAAUAGUGAGCCUGUCCCUGUGGAUAAAAUCAAGGGAUAUGGUGACUUGAAGAUGGAACCUCCAAUUAUUGAAAACAAAAAUCUUGAUAAGUAUGUAUCUAAGGAUAAAGGAGCUGGGCAAUCUAAGCUAAAAGAAAAGGAAAAGAAGAGCGAUGAUGACUCAGACUCAAGCGGUAGCAUCAGCGAUAGCGAAGAGAGCAGCAGCGGUGAAGAUGCCAGUGAUAGUGAUGAGAGCAGCAGCUAUGAGAGCGAUAAGAAAUAAACCGUACUAGUUCUCAGGUGAAGUUUAAAUUUCAAU